AUGGAGAGCUUAAGGUCUGAUUUGAUAAGAGAAAUUUUAGAAUAUCUUGAUUCCCAUUCCAUAAUGCAGGUUGCUUGCACAUGUAAGAGGCUAAAUCAAAUUGCAUGAAAUGACAAUUUCUGAGCAGUCUACUUACAGAUCCCAAAGCCUUAUCCCCGAUAUCAUUCAGGUCCCUAUUACUUUUACAAUAUUUCUGAACUUCGUGCAAAAUUCUACACAAAGAUGAAUUUGGCUGGGAAAAACAAGCAAUUUUAUUGGGACUGUGCUCAUGCCUUAAACAAUUUGAGGCCAAUUAUAAAGAAAGGAAUAAGGAGUUCAAGCCAAGAUUAUGAUCAAGGAAUUGAAAAUACUUUGAAGUACGAAGAUAGCUUAUAUGGGCAUUACUGAAGUUCAACAGGAUCAGUAACAACUGAUGCUAAUGAAUAUUUGAUUUAUGAGCUUAUAGACACCUCUAUUGUGGCCUCAGUUCAUUUUAUGUGCUAUAGAGCAGGCUUUCAAGGAGGUGUGAUUUAUCCACCUCAAAAAAUUCAGAUAAAGAUAGGAAAUAGUGAUAAUGAUAGUGAUUAAAAAAUUUAAAUUACUUCAACGCUUGGAUUGAUUAGCAAAGCCAUUAGAAAAUUUCUGUUUUUAUAAAAUUAGCUCCAUUUUUAAAAUGAUUUACCUCCUUUAUCACAAACCACAAUGAGCAACUUCUUUGCCAAUGCUGUAAGAUUUUAUAACAAAGGGCUCUCGUCUGGCAUAAUAGUCCUUUUUAUUUAUCUCCUGUGUGAAUUCGCUUAAAGAUCUCUCUCCUUGAGAGUGGCAAGUUGUGAAAACCAAUCCUUGCUAAAGUCCAAUGUCCAACCUCCUAGCCUAUAAAGGAAGCAUUUCUAGCAUGGAUAAAAACUACUGGGAAAACUGAGCUCGAUAAUUAUAAAAUUCUUACUUUCCCCCUACGUGAGCAAACAAAAACAUUUUGUUCACUCACGGAGAGGGUUAAUUUUUUUUUCAAAAAUUUUAAAAACAUCAAAUUAGUAAUUUUUAAAGCAAAAAAUUAAUUUGAUUUGUAAAAUUUAUGUUUUAAAAUGCAAUUCGUUUAAAAUUAAAUAGAAUUAGCUAGAGAUUCCAUUAUAAUAGUUCUCCCUUAUACAGCAAAAUUAUUUUUUCACUAGUAGAGGGUGGGAUUUUUGAACAAAAAAUAGUUAUUUUUCCAUGGGUUUUGUUUGUCUAGAGAGUUAGAGAGAAGUUUUUCCACUAUGACAUUUUAUAUUAUUAUGAUAGUAAUUAUCAUUAUUCAUCAGAAAUAUAUGAUGUAGAAGUGAGAAAUAAAUAUUUUACUGUGUUGGUUUUGCCUGAACUUGUAAUUGGUAAAUAUAUUAAGUUGAAGCUAAUUGGAAAGGUAAGUCCUCAACCUGGAGAUGAAAAAUAUUAUACAGUAUUAAGUUAUGUGCAAUGCAUUGGAUAUCCCUUGAAGAGUUUUUAUGAAGAAAGCCCAUUGAAAGCUCUAAGCUCUACAAGUGAAGAAAUAGAAGAAAUCAGCAAAAUCGAUUCUGAAUAUAUAAGCACUCAGGCAAAGCAAGAACCUGCAGAUCCUUUUAUUAUUUAUCAGCUUAUGGCAAAAAAUUUACUUAAUGAGUUUAUUGAUGAAGCAUUAAAAGGAAGAAGUUUAAAUCCAUUUGAAAGCUACUUUUAUGUUGAAAGAGCUUUACAAAAUGACACAGAAAUUGAUUUUGGUAAAGUAUAGAAUUAAACAAUAUUUGUUCAGGGAAUAUUAAUAUUAAAAUAUAAAGCCAAAUUUAUGCAAAAAAGUAUAAGCUGCUAUGAAUUAAUAGGAGAUUUAUUAUUUGAAAAAGGCCGUUUUGAUGAAGCUCUAGGGAUAUAUCAAGAUUCUAGAGAUUUUUGAAAAUGGACUAUGGUACUAGUUAGGUUGGAUAACUAUCAGAGUGUAAGAAGAGUUGUUAUGAUGAACGACCCAAGAUUGCCUAAAAUAGCAGAUGUCAUCAAAAUGGCUAAAGAAUUAGGUGAAAUCUAUUAUCAAAACGCUAAGAAUUACUUUAAGAUUGAAAAUUAA